AUGUAUAUCGCUGCUACCAUCGUCUCGUUUGCCACCUUGCUACUAGCAGCUCCGGUCGUUGAACAGCGAGCUGUUGAUGAACGAUUCACCCUCUACGAUCUUCCCACGCCGCUGACUGGGCCUUGCGAUUUGGAGCAUGGACCUGACGGCGCCCUGUGGGGUCAAGGAAUUCUUGACAAUAUAUUUUUUCGGAUCGAUCCUCAUACAGGCCACAUCGAUGAAUACCCCAUUCCAUUUACGACACCUCUCGACGCAUCUCCUAUUCAACUUCCCGGGAUUCUGAAGUCUGUUACAGAUCGCACGGCAUUGAGCUGUGCUAUUCGGACAGGGGCUGAUGGCAACAUCUACGCUGGAAAUGGAAUCCGGAAUCAGCUCGUGAGAAUCAACCCGACUACUAAGAAGAUCGACAUUUUCGAGGUUACACCUUUUAAUCCGGCCGGUAACCUCUUCAAUUUUAACGAUCUCUACACUGCCAAGGAUGGCAUGUGGGUAACGGCAACGACAGCCAACACCUACUCGUUCUUCUCCUACGCUACCCAAGAGUUCACUACCUACACUGUGCCUACUCCCCUGGCCCUUCCUCUCGGUCUCUUCGUCGCUUCAGACGGCGUAGUGUAUGUUGCAGAGCUUGUUGGAAACAAGAUUCUUACGUUUGAUCCGAAGACAAAGGCUGUGAACGAGUAUCCCCUACCAGAGCUUGCACAGUUUCCAGCUGUAAUCCGCGCGGAGCGAGAUGGACAUGUUUACUUCUCCCUUUUUGUCGGGAACGGAGUUGGCAGAAUCAACAUGAAGACCCACGAGAUCAACCUGUACCACACUAACCAAACUGCCCUUCUUGGUUCGGAGGACACGAUUGACAAGUAUGGAGGAGUCUGGAUCAGCUCCUUUACGACUGAUGUUAUGUCACGUCUAGACACGAACAUUUUUGAGUUCAGCUAUGUCGCACUGCCGAAUAGCUUUGCACAGACUGGUGCUAAUGGAGUGUUUGGAGACAUUCCUCCUUAUGUUGAUAUUGCGGUCAACUAUGGACCCGGAGAUGCAAUUUGGUUCACCUCUCUUUUGACGAAUCAGGUCGGAAGGUACAACAUUACGGGAUUGUACGAUUGA